GGGGCACAUCAGUGUGGUUCCUCGCACAGAUGCACAUUUAAUCGCCCCGACAGGGACCAGAGGAAAGACGAUCUCGAUUAUGAGGAGCGGUAUGAACAAACGUCAGUGGUUCACUUAUAAAUCAACCUGGGAGCUGAACACAAGCCAGGCCACUAGUGAAUGCAGCCUUUGUUACAGCAGCUUGUCUUCAUGGCACCCAGGUAAUCAGCACUCAGCCCUGUUUCCAGAAAUAACCGCUGGUAUCUGGGCAUUAGGUUCACAUGCUGCACUGCGAGCUGAAGGAGGCGGCCUUCUGCAAGCUUUAAAGGGACACUUUGCUGACUUUAAAAGCACGUCUGGUAAAUCAAAUCAAGCUUAUUGGGCAGAAAACGAAAUAAAUAUAGUCUAAAUAUAGUGAAAUGCAUCCUUAUUUUGGAUGCUAUCCAUUCGUUUAAAUGUGGAAAUAGAUUUAAGAUAUGAAAAGCCUUUCAAGUACUCUGGUCAUUUUAUGACUCUGAUCAUGUGAUUUGCACAGAAAGGUAAAUCUGUAUUCCAGUGAAGCGCGAAAGGCUUAUGGGCUGUUCUCACAUCAUGCUAAAGAACGGCCAUCAGGUUUAAUUUAGCUCACAUUUGUUAUGCUGAUAAUGUAAUUUAUUAAGAAAAAGCUGCAUUAAAUUCCAAAAGAAUGCAAAGAACAUUUUUUCAUUAAUGAGCUUAGAUCUGAUUACAAGGAAUUUAUUUCCAUACAGUGUCCAUUAUAAUUGGAUUUCAAUAAGAUGUAUGUAUAGUAUGUAUAAUCUGCUGUGCCAGUCUUGGAUUCUUACGUUAAAGCUGUGGGUGCAGCAUCAUGCAAAAUCAGUAGUGUUUUAGUUACCAGUGCCAUUGCGUAAGCUUUUUUAACAGUCAAAUAUGAUUUGUUUAUAGUGAAAGUUUCCAGUAUUAAAGGGGUUAAUUGAGAUUAAAAGUUUUUUAGGCUGCUGAUAUGACUGAUCUCAUGUAAAUAAUAUAUUUUAGCACAAUUCAUGUUAUUAAACGUUUUUAGUGAGAAGAAAUAUUCAUAUUAUUACUUUGAGUAAUAACGUUACAUUUAUUAAUAUUAGUGUGCUUAGAAUAUUCUAGAAAACAGAAGAAGCGUUCACACAUGGAAAAAAAAAAACAUUCACAUGAUUUAUGCAUAGUAUUUAUUUGCAGUCUUCACCCUGAAUAAAGACAUACCCAGUUUGGGCCAUGAAAUAUAAUAACCCAUGCAGAUGGAAUGUGAAGCAGCGCCUCCCUGUCCGUUUUCUCUCGUUCCCUCCCACCCGUCUCCUCCCUCUCUCGUGCUCUCUGCAGAACAGCCGCAUCCCUUUGCAUCAAUCAGCAGCCAUGUUGAAGGUGAACCUACUGUCCUCCACCGCCUUUCCACUUCCUCCCGAUCUUUCGUUCUCUCUUCAUUGGUGUUGCGCGCUCACUCUGAGUCAGCGCCCGUAUCUCGGUUUUCCUCGUAACCUUUCGCUGAAACCUCUUUCUAGCUGUCGGCCAUGUUGUCUUCCGCCCAUCUUUCUGUCCUUGUCCCUAAUCAACCAUUUAUGCUUGCUCAUGCACUCUCUCAUCCUCUCUUUCUCCUCGCCCCGCUUCUGUUUGAUAUAAGAAAUGUGCAAUGGAGAAGCAGACCGUGCAGUCUCUCGCGCUCUCUCUCUCUCUCUUUCUCUCUCUCUCUCUCUCUCUCGUUUUUUUCUCUCACAACCACCCGCCCGCCCGCCACUACAAAGAUGCAUGCAUAAAGAUGUCGCUGCAGCCGUAACGGUGCAGUUUAGCCAUACCAGUAACUGUGCAUAAACACAUACUGGACCAGAGUUUCAUUAGGUGGGCAGACGGAGAACACGAGCAUGUGUGCGCCUGUGCAUUUAAAUUGAUAAGCUUUUUUUGGAGGAGCGAGGGGGGCUCUUCCGAAAUAGCAUCACCCGGACCGCCAUUAUUUAUUCUACGUGAUGGAAAAUGUCAAAAGCUGCCUCGCGCCAGGUGCCGUUUUUGUUUUGACACCAGUGGUUGCUGUGCUGCAUCCACCUCGCACGGCAUGCAAGCGCUUCUCACAUGUUAGCGCGCUGAUCUGUUUUCCCCACGCACUCUCGUUCCGGCUACCCUUUUGCAGUGGUUAAUGAAGUUGCAGUGCUUGCUAGCACACCGCAUCUCUUUCCCGCUGCUAAUAAUGCACAGACAGCAGCAGAGCUGCCCUGCCCGACUAUUUAUAAACUCCACAGUGGGCGAAAAGACCCUGGUGGCCAGCUAGCGAGCAUACGGACGGAGCGAUACCUAUAGCGGGGUGCAGUGGAGUGGACUGAUGCCCCCUGCCACCUCUGGACUGGGCGUCUCAUGCAGAGAGGGCACUGGGACUAGGGUAAACGAAAAAGAGAGAGAGUGAGUGUGAGAGAGACAGAGCAAGCCGGAUAGACUUAUAGGAGAGACUGCGAUCGCAGCAGAGAGCAGCAAGUGACGAGUCGAAUCUACAAAAAAAGAAAAAAAAAACCUGUAACACUUUCGCCUACAAACGAAACAUCUUUUUCCAGCCAUCAGUGGAUCGCAGGAACAAGGAAGGCGUGAGCGAUGAUUUCCGCUCUCCGUUCACUGAAGCGAUUUCUCUGAUUAACUGUAAUAAAGAUGACUGUGGUCAACCCCAGCACUCUUGGUCUGGUGGACAGUUCCCACCCCCAAGCUGUCCUCAGUCAUCUUAGUGAACAACGUUCACAAGGCCUAUUCUGUGAUGUAAUAAUCGUCGUAGAGGAUGUCAAAUUCCGGGCUCACCGUAACAUACUGGCUGCCACAAGUGGAUAUUUUCGUAAUGCAUUUGAAAGGCCUGAGGUCUAUACAUCCAGCCAGGUGCUGGAGCUAACAGACCUGAAAUCUGAGGUCUUUGCUAGCAUACUGAACUUCAUUUACAAUGCCAGAGUGGAGUCAAGUAGUACGGAGGACAGCAGGUCUUUGGUAGCAGCUGGAAAGCGUUUAGGAAUUCCCUUUCUGGAGAAAUUGCUAGACUCUGAAAGGCAGAGCUCUGGUCUCUUGCAAGGCCAAGCCUCUGCAGGCUGCGGAAGAUCAAACAGUCAGUCAAAACUGGCAGACACAUGCACGCUGAAAAGAGAAACCCUCAAGCCUGAGGAGUUAGACUGCUCCAAAGGCCCUAGGAUCACCAAUGCUUUCUCCAUUACUGAGGUAGAGGCAGUAAACAACCCAUUUACUACACUUGAUCACCGUAACAAAGUUACUGAGAGACUUAAGGAAGGGCAUCUUCCUUCUAGCUCCCAAGAUACAAGCAUAUCUCCCACAGAGAUUGAGCCUACCAGUGCCCUAACUGAGCACUCAUAUGCAGUGAGCCAGGGCCAAGAAUCUAAAGAGGUUAACCAGGAGACUGAUAACAGAACAACCAUGCCUGUCGUGCCUCCAGCUAAGACUUUGGUUACCCAUAGACUCGGGCCUAUAAAGAAACGUCGUAUACAUGGUAAUGGUAUUCCACCUUUCUCAAGUGAGCCAGUUGCAACCGUGCCCACUCUUACAGGCACAUCUGCAGUGGAAAAGUCUACUGUUGCGCCAUUAUCUUCCUCCCAGUUGUCCUCAGAUGCAGCACCAGAAAUACAUUCCAGCCUCGAUCUGUUGCCACCACUUGACAUUACACCCUCUCAGGAUGCAGAGCCACCCUGCCUCAGUCCUCAGAAUACACCCAACGUCUCUACCUUCAGCUGCCAGCAAUGCCCUGAGACCUUUAGCAACUCAGCACUUCUGACUAUUCACAUGCAAAUACACAAGAGAUUUGUCAGUCAUUUGUUUUGCAAGUACUGCCGCAAAAAGUUCAUGCAUCUGAAAAGAUUGCGCAAUCACGAGCAGGUUUGUGUGAAAUCCCUAAAAGGCCCAUCUGAGUUAGAGACAAAUAAUAAAGAUUCUUUGAGAGUCCCGGUCUCAGAUAUUACAUCCGAUGCAAAUACUGCAAAACACUCUUUACCUCCCCCUGAUCUCGAUAUCCCUUUACAUUUAGAAUCCACAUUGACAAGUCCCCUUGAGAUGUCUCAGGAUCAAGUUAAUGGGAUCUUAAAAACCAAUAGUACUUCAAGGACUUAUAAAUGUUCUGUGUGUAAACGGGCUUAUGUGACCCUUUCCAGCCUAAAAAGACACGAGAAUGUACACUCAUGGCAUAGAGCCUAUCCUUGCCACUACUGCAACAAAGUUUUUGCUCUGGCUGAAUACCGCACCAAGCAUGAGAUCUGGCAUACCGGGGAACGCCGAUACCAGUGCAUUUUCUGCUUGGAGACCUUCUUGACUUAUUACAUCCUCAAGAAUCACCAGAAGACCUUUCAUGGCAUUGACCCACAGCUGGCUGUCAAUAAAAAAUCAGCAAAUGGUGGAUUCAAGAGUAGUGUCUACCCCAUAAAGCUUUACAGGCUUCUCCCAAUGAAGUUUAGAAAGAAACGUUACAAGUCAUACAGUCAGACAUACUCUGAAGGGAUCGAGAGCAAUGAUGAGUCCUACAGUGCACCUCUAGGCAGCUGUUCCCCCAACACUCUUUUUGACAGCGCGGUGCCAACAACUAAUUCAGAUGUUGUCAGUGGUCAGUCCUUAUUUUCAAUGCCGGUGACAUUCAUGGCCACUCCGAAAAUGAUGGCAUCGGAAACGCCUCGCAUCAGCUUUGACAAGCCACGCGACCAAAACUUAGGAUUUCCUGUGCCAUCUGAAACAGACCAACCCCUGAAACACCUCUCUGCUGAUUUCAGGAAACAGUCUGGAUUUGAUGGAAAAGGGUCACCGCUCUUCAGCUACAAAUUUACAGAUUCUUCAAAAGCAAUACAGAAAAACACAGGGUCCUCUUUGAUUACCCAUGGAAGUGACAGAGAUUCUCCAACAGAGAAAAACACAGAAAACAGCUCGGACAUUCUUCCAUUCCUCAACAUACCAUCCGUAUGCUCCUUCGAAGGGUUGAGCAAGCUUAGUGAACUGUCAGCAGCAGCACAAACCAUUGAGGACAUGGCUAAUCAGCUGCUGCAAGCGAGACCUGAGAGCAUAACAGCAGAUCAACCGCCUAGUGGAAAAACAGAAACGUACAUUGCUAAGCCUGCAUGUCCAGGCCCAUCAAUUGAUAACCAAGUCCUUCCCCUCUGCCAAAUAACAGUGAAAAUUGGCAACGAGGCAAUUGUUCGUCGAAAAAUAAAAGGCUCAAAGCUAUUUCCAAAGAAGAGGAAAAGGAAAAGUUGGAGACAUGAGGGCAUAGGUCACAGGAGCCCUGCAGAGGAGAGUAUUGGAAGUCCAAGUUUAAGGGUAAGGGCAGAAGUCACAACCUCAGUGACAAAAAAAGAAACAUAUGAUGACCCAAAUGAUCCUGAAUCCGACAAACUAUGGCGUCCCUAUUACACAUAUAAACCUAAAAAAAGGAGUAAGAAGCUGAAAGAAAAACGAACAAGGAUGAAACAUCUGAGAUGCUACACCAGGCCCUUGUCACCUGAAGCUAGUGAAGACUUCAGAGAAACUCCAUUCUGUCCAGAGGAGAGGAUCUCGGCAGACAACUAUGGGGUCAGAAGGGAGCCAAGGCAUAGCAGCCAAAAGGAAGCUUUCCCCUGCCACAGCUGUGAGAGCUCUUUCGCUAGCCAGACCUCCCUCAGCAUGCACAUCAUCAGCUGCCAUCAGCCACACUGCAGAAUAUGUGGUAAACAAUGUCCCCCUGAAGACACAUCCAGCACAGCUGGGCCCACUGGAGAGGAUAGUGGUGACUUUAUCUGCAAGAGCUGCACAGAGGAUGGCUCCUGUUUCAGCUCAGAUGUUACGUCCCCUAGCCUGAGCAUGGAAAAGCGCUAUAGAUGUUCUUACUGCCCACAGAGAUUCCUGUACCUUGCCACCAAGAAAAGUCAUGAGAAAAAACAUCUAGAAAAGUCAGGUAAAGGACACAGUUGCAGGUACUUCUCAAAGGUAUGUAAAUCAGCAAUGCUGUUGAGUGUGCACGAGAGCAAGCACCUCAAGGCAGAAGAUGGAGAAGAUCCAAACAUGACAUGUAAAACAAGCAGUUCGCUUUCUACAGGUAAAGAGCGCAAAGGACAGAUCAAACCUGAGCCUUGGGAAAGCAUGUAUACCAGCUCAGAGAUCAAGCCAAAGAUGGGGGAACCUAUAAACAUAGAAACCGAGGGAAAUUAUCCUACAAUCGACAGUGUCUUCAAGAAAACGUCAUUGUCAUUUCCUUAUGCAGCGGAUAGGUCUUUUAGUCACCUUUCCCCGGAAAUAAAGAGGAAGACGUCUAAGAAAAAAAGCAUUUUGGAACGUUCUAAAGGAUUUGUAUUUGAUGGGCACAGACAGGACUCUGUAAUUUGGGGACAACAGGAUUGACCCCACAACACAGGUACAACCAAUUAAAGUGCUGACUCUGUCUAAACUGUCAACUAAGAAUGCCUGUAACCAAAGGAACUUCCCAACAGCCUACAGUUGCUCAAGACAGAACAGCAUUUCUGCAAAGAGGAACCUUAUUUUCACGCCCACGACAGGAAGGAAAUGCAUCUCCUGCUGAUGUCACAUAGAAUAAUGACAUAAGUGACAGGGCAGGCCUUACAACCUAUGAAAAAUGGAGAAAAGAAAUACGCACAUGAAAGUAUGAGGAGGUUGGCAUGAUGACUUUGCAUUCAAGAGAACUUGUGAGAUGUAAAUAUAGAGUAUUUUUGGUCGUUCACAUUAAAUACUAUUGGUAGUUUUCCAUGUUUUUCUAUAAGAAGAGAAGUGGUUUUAUUUUUAUACGUUUUUAUUUGUAUAAGUCAAGUUUAUCUUCCCUAUUCCAUUGCUCAUUGUGUUGUACUCUAUGCAUCAAGUAAAGUGAACGACUAGCAGCACCUUACAGUAAAGAUAACUGCGAGUGAUUGAACUUUUAUUGUAACAUAACACCAUUACCACAUUUCAAUUUGUUCGUUGCACAAAAAUGCAUUAAUAACUCUGCUGAUUGUACUGAUAAAUGCUAAAAAUGAUUUUCCAAAAUAUAUACCAAAUGUUUUACUUUCAUUUAUAAAAUAACUUAAUUUGUGAAAUACAAUUCAUGAAAUAAAAAAAAAUACAAUAACACAAGUGUAUUUAAGUUUAUCAUAAUAUUUUAAGAUAAGAUUGUACUAAUAUAGUAAAAUGUAAUAAUGUUAGUCAAAGUUAAGGACAGAUAUGUCAAUAUUUAACACAAAUGAAAACAAGGCUACAAAAGGUCGAUGGACAGAUGCAAUAGAAUGUAUUCAUAGACUAUUUAAAAUGACUUUUUUUAUCAAGUGUGACAGAGAAUGCCAGAAAGAGAAUGAGUGAAACAGAGCCCAGAGCUCCUUUUCCUCCUGAAACUGCAGACUUGUAAGAGGGAAGUCUGUUUAUUCAUUCAGAUAGUCUCUCUCACUAUGUCUUUGGGCCUCCAUGCCGAACCAUCUGAGAAGCUCAUUCCAGUUUCUCUGUCGGUCCUCCACACAAUGCCGCAUUCACUGUGUCCUGUCUGGGCCCACGUGACACCAGUGCCAGAUGUUCUGAACUGUCCACCACCGUCAACUCCACUCUCUGGAGAUAUGCUGGUAGCAGGUUUGUGCCCAAAACCGAAAGCCUAUCGGCGUGUCCGUGAAGGUUUUCACUCAUUCCAGGUCUUCGGGGAAUGUCUGGUACUUCAUUCAUCUGUACCUGGACUUUGUUUCACAUUUUUCAAAAACUCCACCAGACAGCCAAUCAGCUACUUAACUGUUUUACAUGCUGAAUCCAUCGGAAAACAUGUGCCGAUCUUCUCAGAUUUCAGGGAGCAAUUGUAAUAUUA